UAUCCAAUUUUCCUGUUUUGUUUCUCAACGUGGCUUCUUGCUUGUUUCUUUUCUCUUCAGCUCUCCUGCACUUUCGAUCCAGUUCUUCCUUACCUUGCUAUCAACUACUUAGAUCGCUUCCUCGCUAACCAAGGAAUAUUGCAACCAAAGCCAUGGGCAAACAAGCUUCUUGCAAUAGCUUGCUUUUCUUUAGCGGCCAAGAUGUUGAAAGCAGAGUACUCGGCCACUGAUGUCCAGGUUCUUCUGAAUCAUGGUGAUGGAGGUGUCAUUUUUGAGACACAAACAGUUCAAAGAAUGGAGGGAAUUGUCUUGGGGGCUCUCCAGUGGCGAAUGCGUUCGAUCACCCCCUUCUCUUUCAUUCCCUUCUUCGUGAAUUUGUUCAGGCUCAAAGACCCGGCAUUUAGACAGGUUCUGAAGGAUCGAGCAUCUGAAAUCAUACUGAAGUCACAAAGAGAGAUAAAGGUCUUGGAAUUCAAGCCAUCUGUAGUUGCUGCGUCAGCCCUUCUGUAUGCUUCACAUGAGUUGUUUCCCUUUCAAUAUCCAUGCUUCUUAGGAGCAAUAUCCGACUGUUCAUAUGUUAACAAAGAAACUGUGGUGCAAUGUUAUAAUGUGAUACAGGACAUAGCCAAUGAGGAGUACGAAUCUGUGUUGAAUAUAAAUUCAACUUCAGACACCCCGGUUAAUGUGUUAGACGAACAUUUUCUAAGCUUGGAAAGUGAAAAAACCAACGGCGUGAUACAAGAGCAGGAGUUCAAAAGAAGGAAAAUUGCCGAUUAUGGCAACAAACCCACUGUCCCGUUUUCUCAUUUUCAUCAAUGCUGAAGUACCGGAAGAAGACCGCAUUUAAUCCUCUGCUUCAUCCACUACCGAUUAAUGUCUUGGAAAUAUCACACUGUCGUGAAUUAACAAAAAAAUAUGAAGAAAACCAAUGAAGAACACAAUAACAACAAGGGACAUUGAUGGACUCAGAAUGAGAAGAGAAGAAUUCGAUUAUCCGUAGUUAGUGGACAAAAUCACUGUAACAUGAUCCUGGUACGGCCUUCAUUAAAUCCGUUGGUUGUGUAAAGGAGCAUCGAUGAUAAGAUGAGAUUUUUUUUUUUUAUUUCUAAGAGAAAAAAACAAAACGACAAAACGUCACUUUGAAUUGUAGGGUUGAAGUUUUGUUUUUUGUUUUUUGUUUUACUUUGUGGCUGCUUAAGCAACCAAUUUUCUUGGAAAAUAAAACACAGAACUUUUGUUAA